AUGGGUUUCUUCAUACCACAACAGAACCUCAAUAAUUUGAAACACUACAAAUAUCAAAGUGAAGACCAUUCGCUGCUGAGUAAUAGUAUCCUAAGACCCUUUUGGAGAAAAUUUGCUAAGAUAUUCCCCUUAUGGAUGGCACCAAAUCUGGUCACUUUAUCUGGGUUAGGAUUCAUUAUUAUCAAUGUGCUUACCGUACUAUAUUAUGAUCCAUUUCUAAAUCAGAGUUCUCCACGUUGGACCUAUUUGUCCUAUGCAGUAGGUUUAUUCCUUUAUCAGACAUUUGACGCAUGCGAUGGUAUUCAUGCACGUCAGACGGGGCAAUCGGGUCCAUUAGGUGAGUUGUUUGAUCACUGCAUUGACUCCAUUAAUACAACCUUGUCUCUAUUUCCCUUCUGUUCAUGUAUCGGUAUGGGAUAUGGCGUCACUUUUGUUUUAGUUCAGUUCAUGUGUCUUUGUAACUUUUACCUAAGUACAUGGGAAGAGUAUCACACUCAUAAGUUAUAUUUAAGUGAAUUUUGUGGCCCCGUCGAAGGUAUUAUAAUGGUUGUUAUCUUGUUCCUUCUAUCUGCCAUAUUAGGGCCACAAACCGUAUGGCAUACAAAAUUAUUUGAUCUCAAAGUAAACGAGACAACUGCAUUUAGCAUUGAGACCUACCAUGUCAUGUUGAUUUCUUCUGGAGUAGCAUUGUUGUUCAAUAUUUUCACAGCCACCAAGAAUGUUAGUGAUUAUUACAUGGAACAUAACAAAGCUCUUGAAUCAAAUGGUAGAAAUGAAAAGGAAUCUGUAGAGGAUGAUAUUGCAAAGGCUUUGGAUGGAUUAACCCCAUUCUUCCUUUACUUCAUUUCAGUUUUCUCUUUAGUUCUAGUUGAAUCUAGUUUUGUCUCAUUAUCCUUCAUCCUGUCCAUUGGUCUUAGCGUUGCAUUUGUAGUAGGAAGAAUCAUAGUGGGCCACUUAACUAUGCAAUCAUUUCCAAUGGUUAACCCCCCAAUGGUGGUUCCAUCCGUUCAAUUAGUAUUAUAUUUGAUCCUAGUCAAAUUCAUGGAUUACGAUAAGUUGGAGGUGAUAUUUAGUCUAUGUUGGUUAGGAUUUGGUUUCAGCUUAGGGAUUCAUUUCAUGUUUAUCAAUGAAAUUCUCUACGAGUUCACAAAUUACUUGGACGUCUACGCAUUAUCUAUAAAGCAUCCAAAGAAAUUGUAA